AUGGCGGACAGCGCCGCGGCCACCGCCGCCGCCCCCGCCCCUAAGGGCGGCAGCUCGGCGGGGCACUGGUGGAAGUCGCUGACCGGCGGCAAGAAGAAGCACAAGGAACCGGCGGCCGCCCCCUCCCCGCCGCCUCCCCCCGCUGCCCCCGGCCCUCGGGAGGGAGCGACGCCCCCCUUCGGCAGCGGGGAGGCCCCGGGGGCUGGGGCUGGCGGCGGAGCCCGGCGGAGCCUCCGCGUGUCGCACUCGGGGCGCUUCAAGGAGACGCGCAAGGCGCGCACCCCGCUGCUGGCCGACAGCCCCCAGGUCUUCAACGGCGGCGACCCCGGCCGCGCCUCCCCGGGGGGCCAGUAG